GGGGCAAAGCUCGGGCUCUGCCGCGCGCCCGGAGGGCGGUGUCACGCACGGCGGCAGCGGCCCGGCCUCUGAGCGAAGUUAUUUUGAAGGGCGGGGGGAGGACGGAGCUGCCGGAAAGAUGGCGGCGCCCGUGUCGCCCUUGGUUACCGCAGCCAGACACGCCGCCCGCCUGCUGCCGGCUCGGGCCGCGGCCCCGCGGAGAGCAUACACAAUUCAGGCAGCUGAGAACAUAGCCCCUAAUACUCUAGCAGAUGCUAACUCUAGGGCCUUGUUGGUUUGCAAUGGACCUUUAGAACACUAUGACUUUCUGAUCAAAGCAGAAGAGCUGCGGAAUGAUGAACAACAGCGAAGAGUCGUACAAUGCUUACAGAAGUUACACGAGAGCCUUAAAGGCUACAGUAUCAGUCCGAACAAUCUUCUGUCAAAGCUCUUUGCAAAAAGCAAACCUCCGAAAGGUCUUUACAUCUAUGGAGAUGUUGGCACAGGAAAGACAAUGGUGAUGGACAUGUUUUAUUCUUAUAUAGAAGUAGAGAGGAAAAAGAGAGUCCAUUUUCAUGGUUUCAUGCUAGAUGUACACAAAAGAAUACAUCGUCUUAAACAGAGCUUGCCUAAAAGGAAGCCAGGACUAAUGGCCAAGUCAUAUGAUCCAAUAGCCCCUAUAGCUGAGGAAAUAAGUGAGGGGGCCUGUCUCUUGUGUUUUGAUGAAUUUCAAGUCACUGACAUUGCUGAUGCCAUGAUUCUGAAACAGCUUUUUGAAAAUCUGUUCCAAAACGGGGUUGUCGUUGUGGCAACAUCCAAUAGGCCACCUGAAGACCUCUAUAAAAAUGGGCUUCAGAGAGCUAACUUUGUACCAUUCAUCGCUGUGCUGAAGAAAUACUGCAGCACAAUCCAACUUGAUUCUGGAAUAGAUUAUAGGAAACGGGUUCUUCCUGCAGCAGGGAAACUUUACUACCUCACAAGUGAAGCUGAUGUGGAGGCUGUCAUGGAUAAGUUGUUUGAUGAGCUGGCUCAGAAACAAAAUGAUUUAACUAGACCAAGGAUUCUAAAAGUGCAAGGCAGAGAGCUGAAGCUGAAUAAAGCUUGUGGAACCAUUGCAGACUUCACAUUUGAAGAGCUAUGUGACAGAUGCAGGAUCAUGUCUCUGGAAGCAGCCAAUAUCAGAGGUUUCAGUGGAAGGUGCAAGAAACCCCACCGUGGACCUUUUAAAGAGCAGUCAGCCCAUAUAGCCCAUCCAGUUGGAGCUAGUGACUAUUUGGAAAUAUCUAAGAAUUUUGACACAGUCUUUGUUCGUAACAUACCACUACUUACCAUAGCAAAAAGGACCCAAGCUCGCCGCUUCAUUACUCUUAUUGAUACGUUUUAUGAUCAUAAGGUACGUAUUAUUUGUUCAGCAUUGACACCUCUCCAAAGCUUGUUUCUGCUAGAACAUCAUGACAGUGGCCUGGAGGAAAGCAGAAUACUGAUGGAUGAUUUGGGGUUGAGCCAGGAUUCGGCUGGAGGACUUUCCAUGUUUACAGGAGAGGAGGAAAUCUUUGCAUUUCAUCGAACUAUCUCACGACUUACAGAAAUGCAGACUGAACAGUAUUGGAAAGAUGGGGACAGAAGCAAGAAAUAGUUGUAGCUCAAAGAUGAACAAAACCUCUCAGGACACAAAAAAAAAAGUAUAUAAAGAAAAAAGAUUCUAAUAGAAUUGGAAGCAUUUUUAAUAUAAAUGAAUUGAUUAUUAUUGCACUUA